CACAGAAACCGUCCUUGGGCCCCCGCUCCGGCGAGGAGACCACCCUGGACCUCCAGGGGCGGGAGGCCGCUCUGGCCCCAAUCAGAGCCUCUCGCUGGUAGACGGGCCCGAGGGAGCCCCUCUGGGCGCAGCGCCGCCGAGCUGCUCGAUGCUCCGACCGGAAGUGCUCUUCACCGCCGACCUCCCAACCGGCUCUCUGGUCCCGGCGGUAAGAUGGCGGCUGCCGCGGAGUGCGAUGUGGUAAUGGCGGCGACCGAGCCAGAGCUGCUAGACGACGAGGAAGCGAAGAGUCCUACGCCUUUGACAUCUCAUCCUUCAGUCCCUUUGCUGGAAGCAGAGUCUUUCAAGGAACAAGGAAAUGCAUACUAUGCCAAGAAAGAUUACAAUGAAGCUUAUAACUAUUAUACAAAAGCCAUAGAUAUGUGUCCUAAAAAUGCUAGCUAUUACGGGAAUCGAGCAGCCACCUUGAUGAUGCUUGGAAAGUUCCGGGAAGCUCUUGGAGAUGCACAGCAGUCAGUGAGGUUGGAUGACAGUUUUGUUCGGGGACAUCUACGAGAGGGCAAAUGCCACCUAUCUCUAGGGAAUGCCAUGGCGGCAUGUCGUAGUUUCCAGAGAGCCCUAGAACUGGAUCACAAAAAUGCUCAGGCACAACAGGAGUUCAAGAAUGCUAAUGCAGUCAUAGAAUAUGAGAAAAUAGCAGAAACAGAUUUUGAGAAGCGGGAUUUUCGGAAGGUUGUUUUUUGCAUGGACCGUGCCCUAGAAUAUGCCCCUGCCUGCCAUCGCUUCAAAAUCCUUAAAGCAGAAUGUUUAACAAUGCUGGGUCGUUAUCCAGAAGCACAGUCUGUGGCCAGUGACAUUUUACGAAUGGAUUCCACCAAUGCUGAUGCUCUGUAUGUACGAGGUCUUUGCCUUUAUUAUGAAGAUUGUAUUGAGAAGGCGGUUCAGUUUUUUGUCCAAGCUCUCCGGAUGGCUCCUGACCAUGAGAAGGCCUGCGUUGCUUGCAGAAAUGCCAAAGCACUUAAAGCAAAGAAGGAAGAUGGGAAUAAAGCGUUUAAAGAAGGAAAUUACAAGCUAGCAUAUGAACUGUACACAGAAGCCCUGGGGAUAGACCCCAAUAAUAUAAAAACAAAUGCUAAACUCUACUGUAAUCGGGGUACGGUUAAUUCCAAGCUUAGGAAACUAGAUGAUGCAAUAGAAGACUGCACAAAUGCAGUGAAGCUUGAUGACACUUAUAUAAAAGCCUACUUGAGAAGAGCUCAGUGUUAUAUGGACACAGAACAGUAUGAAGAAGCAGUACGGGACUAUGAAAAAGUAUAUCAGACGGAGAAAACAAAAGAACACAAACAGCUCCUAAAAAAUGCACAGCUGGAACUGAAGAAGAGUAAGAGGAAAGAUUACUACAAGAUUCUUGGAGUAGACAAGAAUGCCUCUGAGGACGAAAUCAAGAAGGCUUAUCGGAAACGAGCCUUGAUGCACCAUCCAGAUCGGCACAGUGGAGCCAGUGCUGAAGUUCAGAAGGAGGAGGAGAAAAAGUUCAAGGAAGUCGGAGAAGCUUUUACCAUUCUCUCCGACCCCAAGAAAAAGACUCGAUAUGACAGUGGGCAAGACCUGGAUGAAGAGGGCAUGAAUAUGGGUGAUUUUGAUGCAAACAAUAUCUUCAAGGCAUUCUUUGGCGGUCCUGGGGGCUUCAGCUUUGAAGCAUCUGGUCCAGGGAAUUUCUUUUUUCAAUUUGGCUAAUGAAACCAUCCAGAACCCAGAAAAUGCAGACUUGCUCAGUUUAACCUCGAAUGUGGACACAGUUCACCUCCUCCCUUCAUUAUGAUCCACGUACUUAGAGCAGUUUCGUUUUCUCAGUUGGAUACCCGGUGUCUUUGUGAGUGGGGUGAAGGAAAGGGAGCCAGCGCCCAAGACUGCGGGUAGGGGAGGGAGGUGGGGGGUGGACAGGGCAGCUUGUGAAUUUUUGUUUUACUGUUUAACUUUAUUAAAAAAAAAAAAUUAAGAGAAUAAAAUGUUUUGAC